AUGACUGACCGAUCCUAUCGUUAUCCUGCGGCUGGCCGGUCCGCCACAUUCAACAACCCGGCGCGCAUCUCUCUGCCCUCGGUGGGUGGCUAUGGAGCCUUAUAUGCCAACGAUCCGGACUACGUCGCUUCGCCCACGAGAUACGCUGCUGCCGCCGCCACCCCCAGAGGCUACACAACAGCUGCAGCUCCCGCAGGCGCUGUCGUGCCGCCGCCGCGAUCAUAUUCCACCGUGAACCCAGAGCCGCGCGCCCCCAGGCCGCCGCCCCCUCGUGAACAGAGCCGCAACCGACGCUCGAAUACCGUCGAUGCGUCUGCCCGACCACCCAUCAUCGUCACGACGAUGCAAGACCACCGUCCGCACACUUCUUCUGCCCUCACUACCGACGCUCUCGCCCACGCAGCAAGCCCCGUCCGAGAUGCGUACCGGGCAAGCGAAGGGAGACUCUAUUCGCAGCCAGCGUCGUCCAUCAGAUCCAGGAGCACCGCCCGCCCAUACCAUACCUCCACGAACAGUGACGACUUUGGCCGUUCUCGAGAGCAGGGCGAAAUUGUGUUGGCCAGCCGUGAUGCCGAUGCCUACCGCAGCUCCCGACCUCAUGUGGUGUAUCCAAGCAACUCUCGGCACAGCAAUGCCGCCAUAGACUACGGGGACGAGGGAUAUCAGUACACAAACGCCGGUGAGCUGGUUCGAUAUGAUUUGGACCACGGCGUCGCCCCUGCUCCCCGCCAUUCACGCAGGCAUGAAAGCUUCGACAGGGGAUAUUCUCGGCCCAAUAUCAACUACAACGCGGAUCAGAGAAGCUUCAACGUCAACACGACAAUGGAUCCAAGCCGCACAAGCCGACCAUAUGACAGCCGAGGUGGCCCUCCACCCUCAGUCCGUGGAUUUGACAAGAUCAACCGAGCAUAUGACAUUCCGCCACUUGCUCCAGCUCCUCCCAACUCCAGCUCGUCUGGGCAGCUGGAUAUGGCUGCGGGAUCUACUGAUCGUCGUACUGUCGGACGACCACGUCCUGUUUCGCUCAUCCAAGAGCCAGGAUCUCGUCCCGAGGACUACUAUAGAGGUUAUGAGGAUGAUGAGUAUGACCCGCGGCGAUUCUACGACGAGAGUGUCGCUGCUCGGGGCUUUGGUCUCCGACCAGCUCAAACAGACGACCUUCAAGACCACCACGACCGCUACUGGGAUCCAAGAGACGAUCAAGGAAGGGAAGGCUCGGCUAGGAGAGAUCACUCCAGGAGGAUAGAAGCUCCCCCCAAGGAAGGACAGAGGUCUCACUCCGAUGAAGAGAGAGUAUCUGACCGUGAAAGGGAAGACUAUUAUCGAGGCUAUAAAGACAACCUCCGCGAGAGACUAGAUGGACGAAGGGAUGGGGAUUCAGAAGACAAUGACCGAUCUCGAGCCCGAGACAAGGUUGCCGCUGGACUUGGGGCAGGAGCUGCGGCUACUGCUGCUGUAGCUGGCGCCAUCGCGUCAAGCAACAAGAAGGAAGAGAAGCCCGAGCCAAGUGAGUCGCGCAGACGCCGAGGCUCUGACGAGGCUGAGGAGCGCGACCGUGAGCGCGACCUCGCCAAGGCUGAUGAUGCAAAGGCCGAUGCAAAGGCCGACGCGGAGACUAAAGAUCGAAGCAAACGAGACGCUGAAGCCAAGUCUAAUGGCGAUUCGGCAGCGAUUGUGUCUUCUGAUUCUGAUGAAGGAAGAACAAAGUCGGCUCGCAGACAUCGCCCUUCUCACAGCUUUAAUCCCUACGACACUGGAGAUUUGCGUCAAAUCCGGGAGCAGCUUGCUGAUAGUGAGAAGGACAAGGCUGAACCCAAUGGUAAAGGCCGGUCAUCUCCUCCUGCGAAGGAGGAUCGACGCUCUGAGUCGCCCUCUGGGGAGGACAAUCGCGGCCGCGACCUUGUUGUCGUCCGUUCUCCAGAGGAAAAGCAAGUUCGCGUUGUCUCGCCACCACAUGAGAAGAAAGAGGACAAGCCCCUCAAAGGCAUCCUCAAGCAGCCAAGCGCCAAGUUCCCGGAGGAGCCCAACCCAAUCCGCGAAGGCGUAGCACCGCACAAGGAAGAUAAGAAGCUGAAAGAAGUCCCGUCGGGUGCUCGAUGGACCAAGAUCAACCGCAAGAUUGUCAACCCAGAGGCUCUGGACAUUGGCAAGGAGAGAUAUGAAAUCCGCGAUGACUUUGUUAUUGUGCUCCGAGUCUUGAGUAAGGAGGAGAUUCAGACUUAUGCGAAUGCCACGCAAGUCUUGAGAGAGCGGCGGCGAAACAAGGACUAUACCGGCGAAUAUGAAGACAGCGACCGCGAUCGAAGUGACCGUGAUCGAGAUCACCAUGGUCGAGAGUACGAUCGUGAGUAUGAUGAAAAAGAAAUUGAUAGAGACUACGGUCGAGAAUAUGACCGCGAGUACGAACGUGAGUAUGAAGACGAUAGGGGGCGGCGAGGAAGCCAUCGCCACCGCCGUCAUAGAGAUGAUGCGGAUGGCGCGGAUGUUCGUGAGCGUGAUCAGGACCACGACCGUGACCGCGAGAGGCGGCGUCGACACAGGCGCGACGAAGAAGAAGAAUACGACUCCAGGCCAAGAGACGUGGAGCACCAUCAUCACCACAGGGCUCACCGAGAGAUUUAG